AUACGCCAGGGCAUAAAACGGAAGCGCCGUCUUCUCUCUCUCGCGUUCGCCGCCCCGCACGUUCGGUCGGGAACCUGAAGUGUCGCUCUGGGGUUCCACCGCGGCGGGUUUCCCCCAGUGCGUCGCUGUAGAGAAGAAGCGACUCUUCGGAAGGGGCGUCGGGUUUUCCUUCGCGGCCGCGGGGACGUGCGACGGAGCGAGAGCGGGGUCAUGGCUGGGCCUGGGCGGCUGGUUUAUCCCCUGUACCAGUUUGGUAAUCCUCAAAUAAGGAUUUUCCGGACCAAUUACUUCUUGACGAUGGUGAGGCCUGGUGUUCGUUUGCCAGAAGACACAGUACAGUUCCGCAUCCCCAUGGUAAUGACUCGACUGGAAUUAAAAGAUUACCUUGAAAACAUCUACAAAGUGCCUGUGGCUGCCAUAAGAACCAGGAUACAGCACGGUUCCCGGAAGCAGAGGGACCACAGAAACAGACCUAUUAAGAAGCCAGAUUACAAGGUUGCAUAUGUACAGCUGGGUGCAGGACAAACUUUCCAGUUUCCAGACUUGUUUCCGGAGAGACCAGAAGCCAUUGAGCCUGGUUCUCUUGAGGACAUCCAGAGGAAAUUCAUGAAGGAUGAGGCACAGAGGCAGCAAGAUGACCCCAAGCGAUCAGGAGUCCCUAGGUGGUUUGGACUUUGAUGAACUCAACCUGCUGUCUUCCCUUUAAGUAGCCUGGCAGAACUGCAGCCAGCAUUGGUCUUCAUUUUUUGGUGUGGAUUUUUUUUAGACCAUUUGUAAAUAUCUUGCUGGUACCAUUUUAAUGCAAGAGAUUUAUUAAAAGAAGAGAAGGGGAAAGAAUUUUCUGGCUUGUUAUAUUCGAGUAUCGAAAGAUGUAUCACCUGAGCCAGUUGCCUCGUUAUGCUGUAAAUAGCUUAUUGAAAUGAUAUCCAUUGGAGCAUCUGGAAGUAGUAUCUAUAGGGGGCGGAGCUAACCAACACCAGUAAUGAUGCAAGGGACCUAUCUAUAAGAGUCACCGUGUCCUAUUGAAGCUAGCAGGCAGGCUAAUAGUUUGGGCAUUUCCUACUUUUGGAAUUACACUUUCCCCCGUACAUCAUAGAAUGGAGAUAUGUUCUGAGGAGGAUGCUUCACAAAAUGCAUUCUGCCUCCCUGAAGGAGGAGUUCUACAGUUUCAAAACAUGCAUUAUCCAAUCAAACGAGAGCCAAUAAAUGUGAUUACUUUGC